AUGAAGCUUGGAAAAAUAGGAUUGAGCUCGUUUUUGGUUUCCAUACGCAUGCUUGGGAAGAUUAGUGCUUCUGGAGGAGGGGAUCCUACUAGAAAUUUACUUCGGCCUCUUUUUAAUCAAGCUGUGAGUGAAAAAGCUGAACAAGUUGUUCAAGGAGCUAACCAGCUGAAGGAUGAGAUGAUAAAGGAAGGAGGUGGAGGCUCUGGCGAAGGAAACGAGGACUGA